CCUUCCUUUGUCUUGCAGGAGCUUCGAGGCUCAGAUACGGGAGUACCGAGGGACCGACCCGCUGGAGCUAUGGGACAGGUACGCACAGUGGGUAGAAGGAUGUCUUCCCCCGCAAGAGAAGCAGAACCGCUUGCCCAGCCUCCUCGAGCAGCUUGUAAGGAUGUUCUUGAGUGAGAAGAGGUACCACGAAGAUCCGAGAUUUGUUAACUACUGCAUUAAGCUGGCAGGAUUCAUCUCUUCUCCUUGCCAGUAUUUUGACUACCUGCACGGGCAAGGAGUUGGUGCAAAGGCAUCGAGCUUCUACGUUGCUUGGGCUCAGCAGCUCAUCAGCGAGGGCAAUGUGCAGCAUGCGGGAGCUGUCCUUCAGAGAGGGCUUCACAACCAGGCCCAGCCACGAGAGAACCUGCAGCAGCUCUACUGCUGGCUGCAGAACUCUGAUCCCCGGAAUCCUCCUUUGCAAGGCGCUGCUGUCAUCAAACCCCUUCAAACUUCACAUGCUGCAAAUCUAAUGGCUCCUCAGAAGAGUGUUUCAAAUAAUAAUGAGACCACAUAUGCCUGCAAAAAUCAGGGUCCUGAUUCUGCUGGUGCUCAGUCCUGUUCUGGUGGAAGAGAAGAAGUAAAGUACGUUACAUACAUCUCCAAAUCUGAAGUCCGUCCCAAGUCAUCCUCUGCUGGUGCUGAGUGUGAGCAGGUUGCAAUGUAUGAGAAGAACCUGCUCAUCUGUGAAGGCUCCGAACUUUCCUUUGAGGAGCUGAGAGCCAAGCGAUACUUCAAGAAGUACGAGCGCCUCAGGAGGCAGCAGGAAUGGGAGAAAGAAGAGAGAGACUCCCUAAGGAAAAAGGAAUCAGCUGUCCUUGAACUGCAAGCCCUGCAGCAGAAGCUGGAGCAGCUCACCCAGCUCACCAAAAGCUUGGAGGAGACCCGACUGGAACCAGCAGCUACAACAUCAGCUGGGCCAAAUGGGACAGUGGUGCAUUCACAUGUGACACCCAGUGCAGCUCUGCAGCAGAACUGGAGGGCAUCUUGUCAACCUUCGCAUCUACACAACACCCGAGGGCUGGUACCAGACCAGCCUCAGGCAAGUGCUUUAUCAGCCACUGCUCCUACACUGCAGCCAGGAAAAGCCACUGGCCACCAGAAGACAUCAACCUCCCUGUGGGAAGAAACGUGUAAGAAGGAUGCAGUCAGAACUCAGCCAGAGAUCGGCCAACUCCAGAAGAGUUUGUUACACCAUCCCUUCAGUAAUGCUUCAGCUCAGGAACGGGCACAUCCUGACUCUGCUCUUAACUGGAGCACUGGAGAAAAGCACUCCAACCAGAGAACUGCUACACUGACAUCUGCUGUGGAUGUGAAGGAAGCAUCUAGAGCAGGGAAUUCUUCCUUUGCUUCUGGAAAUGCUUCUCAAGCCACCCCAAACACCUCGCUGGGAGGAGCAACACAGGCCACACCAUUCAAAGUGCAGCCUUCACCUACAGUCCAUACGAAGGAAGCACUGGGAUUUCUCAUGGAUAUGUUUCAAACACCCAUCCUGCCUGAACCAUCUCCUCUGGACGAAAGCGAGGAGCAAUUUGAAGCCUUCUGCAGAAAAAGUGACCCUGAUGGAAGUCUGAAACCCGCUGUGGUGAUCCCUGUCGUGCCUGCGUUUUCCAUCUUUGAAGAUGAGAAUGAGAAAGAGAACAAUGGGAUCCCACAGCAUAAAACCAAGUCAGAAGAGCCCAGAACCGUUGGAGAACGUCCCUUGACCGACUGUACAGCAAACACAGAAGAAGAAACAGGGACAGCAGAGUUCCUGAGGGAUGAUUUUACAGUGUGGAAUCUCCCCAGCAGUAAUAAGACAUUAGCUCCCAGUCCAGACAACACAAGAGACUUUGCACGAGCUGCCCAGCUCGUAUCGACCCCAUUUAAUUACCUUUCAGCCCACCCACAACAGGCUUUGGAGGACAGAGCCCGUGGGGAUGACUUGCCACAAAUGGAUUUGGAGUUUUCUGAAGAACUACACAAGCAGCCAAAAGCAAAGAAGCUGAGCCCUGCUCUUCAACACAUUGCAGAACAAGAAGAGCAUCAAGGAAAUGUCUUCAAACAAGGCAAUGGAAUUCCAGGACCUGCUACAGCUGCUUCUCAAAGGUUACAUGAGCAGACUGUCACCAGCAGAGCCGAGUAUUCCUCAUCUGCUGGGCUGGACAGAAUUCCCCAUGAAAAGCUGCCUGGAGCUGGGCAGGACAGGACAGCCCGGAGUGCUAGAGCUGCAGUCCUUGUUGAGAACCCCUGGGACAAGGAAUUGAUUUGCAAGCUCUUAUCAGAGCUUCCUAAACCACUCCACACCUACGGCAACUACUUUGAGUGGAAAUCUGCAGUUCCACCCAUCAGGCUGAAGGCUGACCUCUCACUGGGUUCCAGUACAUUCCACGUGGACUGCUUGGUUGGAGAGGGAGCUUUUGCCCAAGUCUAUCAAGCUUCCAUUCUGGAUGCAAGUAACCCUAGAAACAACCAGAAAGCAAUAUUCAAGGUCCAGAAGCCUGCCAACCCUUGGGAGUUCUACAUAGCAACACAGCUGGUGGAAAGGCUGGAUCCAAGCAUACGCCAUCUCUACAUCCACUUCUACUCUGCUCACUUCUUCCAGAAUGGGAGCAUUUUGGUUGGUGAGCUCUACAACUAUGGAACAUUGCUAAAUGCCAUAAACAUUUACAAGAAGCUUCCUGAGAAGGUGAUGCCACAAGCACUUGUCAUCUACUUUGCUGUAAAAAUCCUUCAUAUGGUGGAAGAGCUCCACAGCUGCAAAAUCAUCCACGGUGACAUCAAACCUGACAACUUCAUACUUGGGGAAAGGUUCCUGGACAAUGACACAUGUGACAUAGAUGGUCUCUCUCACGGCUUGACACUCAUUGACUUGGGCCAGAGUAUAGACAUGAAACUCUUUCCUGAGGGAACAGCAUUCACUGCGAGGUGUGAAACAUCUGGAUUUCAGUGUAUUGAAAUGCUGACACAGAGACCAUGGAACUACCAGACAGACUACUUUGGUAUUGCAGCAACAGUCUACUGCAUGCUCUUUGGUACCUACAUGCAAGUGAAGAAUGAAAACGGUGUCUGGAAGCCUGAGGGAGCCUUCAGAAGGCUUGCCAAUGCUGACCUGUGGAAAGAGUUCUUUGAGAGCAUGCUCAACAUUCCCAACUGCCAGAGCCUGCCUUCUCUGGGAGCCCUGCGCAGGAGGCUCAGGGACUUAUUCUGCAGGUCCUAUGCAAAGGAAAUCAAGUUCCUUCGGAACAGGCUCGUUGUGUUGCUCAUAGAACACAAGCGGUCACGGAAGUACCUCCCUCGUUCAUCAGAUGCACCCUAAUGAAGCAGCGGUCCUGGUUCCCUACAGGUGCUGAGCCCGGUGCAGGUCAAUGCCAUCCCACGGCUGCUCUCCCCAUGGCUGUGCCC